AUGCAGACCGAGCUGCUGCUACUCCUAUUUCUCUGCUUCUGCCUCGACGAGAGGCAAGUGCUCUGCGAUGAUCAGUUGGUGUACAAGUUGACGAACAUCGAAUGCCAAGGAAAUCCGGAUCGUGUAAAAAAUAUCUCCUGCAGUCUGAAAGCGAUCAACUGGAAUAAGGCGAUCGCCAACAUGGAUUGUUACCUCACUGUUCCAUUGCGCAAUCCUGUGAUUCGGUUGCAGCUCUUCCAGAGGGACUAUGCCAAUCAGUGGAAGCCUUUCCUGGUGGAUGUGUCCGUUAACGUAAACGACGUGAUAUCCAGGAGGAGUUUUCUGCCCUACGGUGUCAUCAUGUGGAAGUGUUUGCAGCGGUUCACCAAUGUGAACCACUCCUUCCCGAUUUCGGGCCAUCUCUUCGCUCGCAAUGGUUACUUGGAUACAUCCUUGGUGCCACCCUUUCCUAUAGGCAUCUACCAGCUGAGUUCCGUUAUCGUGGAUAAGAACUCUACCAUCAGCGAGCACAUAGGCACCGUCAAGUUCUAUAUGCAAUCCAUGCUGACGGUGAAGAGCAAGAAGAGACCCAAGUCGUAG